GCACACUCGGCUUGUUCUAGAAAAGGGAAUUGGCGUGCGGAAGUGGUGUCGAGCUGACUCGUUGUUGCAUUUGAGAACCAAUUUACUGGACGCCACUUGCUGUCGACCGUGCGAGAUCUUGGAUUUGAAUAUUGACAAAGUCGGGAGAUUAUGGAAAUCAUGAGGAAGAGUGCGGGAUUUGUAGGAGGAGAGUUGUGAAGGGAUUGUUUGUGAGGAAAUGGGUCGAGGCACAUGGAGGAGCCGCUAAGUGGGGCGCAGCAGCUUCACCACCAAGACUUGACAGCACCUUACGAGCCUACCGACUAAAGUCCGUGUUUUUAGCGAGUGUUUUCCCCACCAACCUUCACUAUCAAUGCCUCCCGCCACGCCCCCCCUUGACUUUACCCACCAACCAGGCGAUGAAAUCCCUACUAAACAUAAGGAGGCGAUACGCCAGCUAUACGGCUUUGCUAAGAUACCAGUUGAGCAGCUUAUGACACGAUACGGGCUCGUGCGGUCAACAGUUGAGAAGAUAUUGCGAUACGACGUUCCCGAGCGCUCGCGCAUUACUCGUACCGGGAGACCCUCUCUUCUUACCGAUAUACAAACCGAUGAGAUAAUCGAAUACUUGUCCGAAUCGUGGGAGCAUCGAAUCCUUAACUUCGGCCUCCUUCGUGACGAAUUACACCUUGAAUGCACUGUGAAGACCCUUGAGCGCCGGCUCAAACAACGAGGGUAUUUUAGGUGUGUGGCCUGCCAGAAACCCUACCUCACAGCAGCUCAGGUUCUCGCACGAUUCCUCUGGGCAAUCACACAUAUAUUCUGGACGACGGAAUGGCUAAAGGUCCUCUGGUCUGAUGAGGUUACCUUCUUAGUCGGGGGCAGGACGGUCAAGGAAAGAGUGACAAGAAACAAGGACGAACGUACGCACCCGACGUGUAUCCAGCACCAGUUUCAUCGCGGGCACACGACACCAGUCAAUGCGUGGGGUGCAAUUGGAUAUGGCUAUAAGAGUCCUUUACUCUUUGUUCACGGAUCUGGCAAGAAGGGAGCCUUUUGCCAGAAGGAUUACCUGGCACAAGUACUGGCGCCGCAUAUCGAGGGUAUUGUGGAAGCCUUUGCGGCCAUUACUCACCUACUUCGCCCCUCCGCCGAGCCUUUAUUUAUGGAAGAUGGUAACUCUGCUCAUGGCCACGAGUCUGUUCGCAAUUGCUGUGCUCGCUGGCGUACGGAGCAUGGUAUUAUAUUAAUGCCCCAUCCCUCUACAAGCCCUGAUAUGAACCCAAUUGAGAAGUGUUGGAGGAGGAUCAAGCAGGCAUUGCACAGACGGCGCCACCAACCCACUACGGAGGCUGAGAUGGAAGCGAUGGUCUUAGAGGAGUGGGACCGCAUACCACAAGAUUGGAUAAAUGAGCUAGUUUUAAAGCAGGAGCAUUGGGUCCAUGUACUUAUGCAGCGUCACGGGUGGUCAACUCCUAAUUAAAUGCUGAUUAUAUACUUUGCGAUAGUGAAGCGUGGGUGGUGUUCGCUAAAAACACGGACUUUAGUCGGUAGGCUCGUUAGCACAGGCGUAGGGAUGGUAAACUUUACACUUUACAUACUUUACGGAAAGUAGUCGUACUGAAGCUCGCGUAAAGUAGGUAUAAAUAGAGUAUAAUUCAGGAUACGUAGUCUUAAUAGUUAUCUCCAAACGCC